CACAACCUUGGGAGCCAGCCAGCAUGGGAAUAAUGCAAUGGAAGGGAAUGGCUCACCCGUCCGAAAACAAAAAGAGAAACAAACUCACUAACUGCGAAACAGACUAAAUUUGGAGUUUGGAUUCGACGUGAAGGAAGGAAGGAGGAGGAGAAGUGGGAGAGCAAGCGAGGCUUUGGUUUUUAUUUUGAAUUUUAAUAUUGAGUUGUAUCGUGCAUUGAUGUGGAAAUGUGUCGCUGGUGUGGCUAAACCUUCGGUUAUGGAGUCUUUGUAAGAAGGUCGGGAAGAAUCCAACUGGCUUCUGUUGGGAAAGAGGAGGAGUUUGGGUUCAUGCGAAGUUGGAAAUUGUUUUGCAGAGUGGAGAAGAUGUGAGGGUUAGUUAGGUUUAAGGUUUGGGAGGAGGGGGGGGGGGCAAGAUGGAUGUCUCGAUGGGAGGAGGGGAGGAAGAAAUCGUUGCUUUGCGGGAGCAAUUGCGCCAUUUGCAAAACAAGGUCGAGCACUUGCGACGGACUGGUUUGGAGCAAUCGAGGAGCUUGGCUGUGACGGUCCCCGAUCUUGAAGCUGCAGUAGAGCUCUCUUUGAAGGUUGCGUCCGUUUUUGGCGGACUAGAGAUCAAAAGGAAGCAUCCUACAGAGAUUCAAGAGUCUGUCCAGAAGAAGUCUGAUAGUGUCCAUGCAAUAAGUGGUGGAGACCAUAAUGAACUGCCGGGAGGUCCUAGGUAUGCUGGUCCUGGACAGAGCUUUUCAGGGGGAUUGUCGAAUGGCUCUAUUGAGCAAAGGGGGAUUCUUGGUGCCCCAUACAAGGCAAACGUGGAUAUAGACAUGGGUGGGCCUAGAUUGCCUGGGGAUUCCUGGGGUGGAGCUGAAGGGCCAGUUCAGGGCGAGGGAUGGGGAGCUGACAGUUGGGGAGGUGGUGGUUGGGAUGGUGGCCGGGGAGUUGGCCCUGUAAAUGCACUGGGAGUUGUGAAGGCAAUGGUUGCUGGGUACCUGCUGUCACACAUGUCAGUUUUUCCCAUAGACUCUUUGACCAUCUACUAUCGAAUGCUUGCCAAAGAAGUAAACCCUAUUGAGAUCGAUGCACUGCAUGAAGUGGGAGGUGGUGGGGAGGCAGGUGGCGUCACAGCCGUGGAUUAUGCUCUGCGGUCAAUGGCAGAAGCAGGAGGUCUGCAGAUUGAGGAUAUUGAAGAUUGUCAGUAUGGCGGAUUUCACGUUUUGGUUCUGAAUUUUGAUAGAGGAAGGUUGAUCAAAGAGCUUCCUGGCGGUUGCUUGCCGCCACCCCCACGGAUGGGUGGAGAUCACCACCAUAGAGGCGUGAUGGAGCCAAAUGUAGGGCCUCAUGGUCUUCCUACGAGGCCUGAUAUGUGGGAUCAUCUUCAGGGAGGUCCGCCUCCUCCAGGAGGCCCUAUGUUUCCAGGUGGAGGAGGUCCUCUCAUGCUUCCACGAAAUGGACCUCGUGGUAUGGGCAUGCUUGGUAUGCCUGGAGGAGGUCCAGGGUUAGGGGGUGGUUUUGGUGGACCCUUUCCGAGACCUCCCCAUGCACCUGGACUUCAUGGUGGCAUGGGUGGGAAGGGCCGGGGACCUGCAGAGGAGGAGGAUAUUGAUGCGUUGUUGCAUAAAAAGUCGUUUAAGGAGCAACAGCAAUCAAAGACAGCUGAGGAGCUCUUAGAGCUGUUGCAUCGCCCUACUGCAAAAGAAACGGCAAAUGCAGCAAAGUUUAAGACGAAAGGAGGUUCUGCGUUGAAAGAAUACUGUGCCGCUCUUACAAAAGAGGACUGCCGACACCAGCGGAACCAUUUCAUGGCUUGUGAGAAAAUGCAUUUUCGCCGCAUUAUUGCACCCCACACAGACUCAAAUCUUGGGGACUGCUCAUUUUUGGACACUUGUCGUCAUAUGAAGACGUGCAAGUAUGUGCACUAUGAGUUGGAUCCAAUUCCUGAUGUUCCGGACCUCAUGAUGACUCCGGGCAUACCGCCUAAUCAGAGGCCUGGAUCUAGGCCUCAACGUGCAGAGUAUUGUUCAGAUGCAGAACUUGGAGAGCCUCAAUGGGUACAAUGUGAUAUACGUAAUUUUAAGAUGGAUGUUCUGGGACAGUUUGGAGUUAUUAUGGCAGAUCCUCCAUGGGAUAUUCAUAUGGAAUUACCCUAUGGGACUAUGGCUGAUGAUGAGAUGCGUAAUCUGAAUGUACCAGCACUGCAAACAGAUGGACUUAUAUUUCUUUGGGUCACUGGUCGUGCUAUGGAACUCGGAAGAGAAUGCCUUGAGUUAUGGGGCUACAAAAGAAUGGAAGAAAUCAUCUGGGUCAAAACCAAUCAGCUUCAGCGAAUUAUCCGGACAGGGCGAACAGGUCAUUGGCUAAAUCAUAGCAAGGAGCACUGCUUAGUAGGUAUAAAAGGCCACCCUGAUGUCAAUCGCAACAUUGACACGGAUGUGAUUGUUGCAGAGGUUCGAGAAACAAGCCGGAAACCUGAUGAGAUGUAUCCUUUGUUGGAAAGAAUAAGCCCAAGAACACGAAAACUGGAGUUAUUUGCCCGAAUGCACAACACUCAUGCAGGGUGGAUAUCGCUUGGAAAUCAGCUAAAUGGAGUACGCCUUGUGGACGAAGGGUUGCGUGCACGAUAUAAAGCAGCUUAUCCAGACCAAGUUAUUCAGCCCCCUGACUCACCUACACGAACCGAAACUAAGGCCAGUGUUCAAGACAACGAUUCUGCAUCCACUCAAACCAAGAGCUCACCAGCGUCUGCACAAAGAGUUGAGCUUAUUACAACAGUUUCGACGGUAACCGUAAAUACUACAAUUGUGACCAACGUGGAUGAGAAGGUACCUCUGCAUGAUACUGAAAUGCUCGAUUGACUUGUUGACCAUCACAGCAGUAAUUUGUAGCCCAUCGUGACGCCUUCCCACUGCAGCCCUUCUGCUCAUAGUUUUUCAAACCAAAAAUGCGUCGGAUAUACCCAAAUAUGGAGCUGCAGAUGCAGAAUUGUUUUGGGGGACGUCAGUGUCCCACGGUGAUAUCUCAUUAUAGAUUACUUCACAAGACAAGUUCGAGUGCAAGCAUGCCUUUGGGUGUCACUGUUGGAGUCCAAUUUCGUCGCGAGCCCGGUCUAAUGAGAGCAUCUCCACUUCGCCGCUUUCCAUGUGUUUCACCAAGUCGUGAGGUGGGUACCGUUUUGCCAUUUCUUGCAGCCCAUGAGAAUUCUGCUUGUGAGGAUGCUAUUUGAUCUUUCUUCGAAACGCUUUGGUUGAUAAUAUCCUGGGGCUUUCAGCAUGGCAGCAGCACCUCAUGUCACAUGGCUUGAUCGGGCUCUUCCCAUGCCUUGAUAGUUCUGCAUUGGUCAAGAAUAAGGCUCGUGAAGUGAAAUUAUGAAGAGGAAUGGGCAUUCUGAAAAGGCAUUGCAUGCAUUUGAAGUUGUAAGUUGAGAGUACUUUGCAGGGCAGUUACUGAUCAUGUCCACACGGUAAUGUAAGGAUUAACUAAAGGUCGACAGCAUCUGCGUUUAGGAAUAUACUGUUGCCGUAGUUCUGCAUUGUGCUGGUUUCAGCAUGGUGCUAAGGGGUUGUGGAUGUCCUGUACUGGGUUUUUGGCUAUCAGUACCUUGAGAAAUUAUGUACUUGCACUUCCUCCCAGGAUGCUCCAAAAGUCAUGAAGUGGCUUAGGAACAGAAAUGUUUCUUCGCUUCCAAUUUACGAAAGUUUGCUUUUUGAGUA